AUGCCUCCCAAACACCGGCGCUCUAGUGUGGGAGACCAUGCGCUUCUCCCAAGCCCCAAAAGAACCCGUACAAAACACCCUCUCGACCACGUCUCUUCCCUCUCCGACGAACUCCUUAUCCGGAUUCUCCACAACCUCCCCAUUCAAACCCUUAUCCAAUGCCAGCGCCUCUCCCAUCGCUUCUAUACCCUCGCCGGAGACUCUCAAAUAUGGAAGAAUCUCUACUACAACCGGUUUGUGCUUCCUCGCGCCCUCCGUAUCCCUGGCCCAAAAACAGAUGCAGCAUUACACUUCUCGAGUAGGAGUAGUAAAUGGCUGGAUGAAAAUACGCUCCUAGGCAAGAAGACUAAGUGGAAGGGCCAGUAUAAGCUCAGGCAUAAUUGGAGCAUUGGCGCUUGCGAGGUGCAAGAAAUUCAUGUUGCGGAUCGGCCAAGUGUGCCGAGUAUGCUGGUGAAGCUGGCGGAGGGGAUAGUCCUUACGGUCGAUAGAGGGGACGGAUUAAGGGCGUGGGAUUUGAAGGAGAGGGAGCUGAUUGCUAGCUGUGCGCUGGAGGAGGGCGUUGUGCCUACAUGCUUAGCGGUAGACGAGGGGAUUGGGAGUGGGAGACUUGGAAUCGCGGUAGGAUUUAUGGAUGGCGGGUGGGGGACUUGGAGGUUGAAUGUUAAGGAGAAGGAAUUUGUGGAGGUUUACAGGCAUCCGGAAUCCAGUAAUGGGAUGUUGAGUGCGGUUGCGUAUGCGAAUCCGUAUAUUCUUACGAUCACGGAUUCGCAACUCCUGUCUCUCUAUACCUUUACGCCUACCAUUCCCACCCCGUCGACAGACGACACAGAUGGUUAUGAACAGGAAACCCCCAAAAGUAAGUCUCAAACUAUGUUUGGCAUCUUAAAGGCCAAAUUUACGUCGAGUACAGAUUCGGAAAUUGCUCCUCAUUCAGGACCCGAACCUCAUCUACUUGCCUCACUCAAAUCCCACACCUCCUGGCCACCACUGUCCUUGUCCAUACGGACAACAACGUCAACAAUAAUAGCUUCAAUAGCUUACUCUCUACCUACCUAUUACUCAGGCUACACGAUUGGGUUACAAGAGUUACACUUAUCCACCACAACAGGCACAAUUACCUUCUCACGCCUCUCAUCCGCAUUGCCGCAAGGUUUCUCCUCCAUACUACCUUCACCAGUGGCUUUAUCCCCAUCAUCUGGGACAUUGUCACCAACCCUUAGAAAUAUCAGGAAUGAUAUUGGGAGCAGCACACGACCAACUACACUCUCAUACUCACAUCCAUACAUCCUCGCCACUCACCCAGAUAAUACCCUCACUCUUUAUCUCUGUACCUCCACUGCCAGCACACUGCACAUCUCCCCAGGCACCAAGCUCUGGGGCCACACAUCCUCCGUCUCAUCUGCAGAAAUUACCGCAAGAGGGAAAGCAGUAAGUGUAAGUACACGCGGUAAUGAACUACGAGUCUGGGAACUCGAAGGCGGAUUCUCCACCUCGACGCCUUCCAAAAACCGAAGGCUGAAUAGAAGAGAUGAAAGAAGCGUAAAGGUCCGCCCCGAAGGCAAAGACAGUGAGGUAACCACGGUUGAAGGUAGAAGAGGAUUACUAGAUGAAUACUCAGAGGAAGUAGGCGCCCAGAAAAGCUGGGUCGGCUUUGAUGAUGAGAUGGUGAUUGUGCUCAAGGAGUCUGAACAGGGUACUCAGGCUUUGAUGGUUUAUGAUUUUACGUAG